UGCACCGUUAUCGUUUGCAGCACCUUGUCGUCACUUCCGCUCCUCUUCCGCGUCGCGGUUAUGGUCGAGGAGAAUUUAAACGCAGCUGCGCUCAGAAACACUUUUGACUACUAAGUCACUGAGACGGACUAUAUACCUUUACCGCCCAAACACACGUCGAGAUGCCAGUAGCGGUGGGUCCAUACGGGCAGACGCAGCCCAACUGCUUUGACCGGGUCAAGAUGGGCUUCAUGAUGGGGUUUGCGGUAGGAAUGGCUGCUGGCGCCAUGUUUGGAACGUUCUCCUGUCUCAGGAUCGGGAUGCGUGGCCGGGAGCUGAUGGGAGGCGUUGGUAAGACCAUGAUGCAAAGUGGAGGAACUUUCGGGACUUUCAUGGCCAUCGGCAUGGGAAUUCGCUGCUGAAGAAGAGGACGACAGCCUUCCUCACGCAUAUACAGCUAUGGGACUUUACCAGCCAAAACAACCCGCUCAGCUCUCUCUCACUGUCGCCCAGUUUUGUCAAUAAAGUUUGUCAACAGUU